CUUAUUUUCCUUUUUCUUCUUUUCUCCCAUCGCUUCCCUGCUGCUCUUCUCUCCCGUUUGUCCGUGGCGUUCCCUUUUUUUCGUCCAAUUAUUUUUCUUCCUUCUUUUGUCUCCGUUUUUAUCAUCCUUUUCUCGUUUUCUCCGUCCCGUUUCCGCCAGCGUCGGUGGCUCUCUUCGACGUUCCGCGAGACCUUCUCGCUCUGAACAGAGAAGACGAAGGAAGACCUGCAAUGCAGAGGGCGACGAACUCGAUAACCGCGUCGACAGAGGAGGGAUGAGCUCCCUUUCCGUCGAAAGCAGAGAGUUGGCGUUUCUCCAACUCUGAAACGUCGCGGCACUACCUCACUCUCACCUCCCAGAGUCUCUCGAUCUUCGAGAAUCUUUCCAUCUUUUUUUAAAGUCUCUGCAUCUUUUAGACUCUCUCAGGACCUUAUCGUUCGUUCGAAUCCUCCUCGCCUUUCCAGCAGCUUCCUCUCGUCCAGGUUCUCCAACUGUCAGACAAGAUGGCGGGGACCUCGCCACAUCGGGGAGGACACCCUGGCGCUUCCGCCGCUUCUUCGCAGCGCGGCCGCGGAUCUUUCUCAUCCACGCGGGGACGCGGUCGAGGCACCAUUCCUUCGUCGACUUCUCGAAACUCGACCUCGCGAUCCGGCGGCAGUCGGGGGAGGCACUGUUCUUCUUUUUCGCGCGGCGUCUCCCACAGGGGUCGCGCCGCAUGCGUCGGAGGGCGAGGAGGCAACUCCUCCUCUUCGCCUUGCUCUCGGAGGCGGCCGAACGCUGCUUCUGCUUCCUUUUGUCCUUCCCCGUCUGCUCCGUGUGUCGCCUCCGAGGCUGAGGGCGCUGAAGCCUUCGCAACGGCGGCGCCAGCGUCUCCCGGCCUCGAGUCCUCUGUCUCCGCCGCGCCUGUCGCUGCGUUCUCCUCGCCGGAGGCCGAGGCGCUUCUCCGACAGUGCAGGCCGCUCUCUUGGCUCUCGAAAUGGGAUCGGCUCCCCUGGUUUGCGGCGCUGAAGAAGGUGGAGAGCGAGGUGUUGGUUCUCCCCCUCGCGCCGGCAGCUGCGGGGGGUUCUGAGCCUUCCUCGGAGAAAGACGAGGAAGCGAGAGAAGCGUUUUUCGCGUACUUUUUCUUGCUCGGAGAACGGCUGCUGCUCCAGCUCUCUGAGGAGUACGAAGCGCUUCUCUCCGAAGACUCCGAGCAACGAUGGUUCCUGCAGCUGGCGAGAGAGCCCGUAGCUGCGUCGGCGACCGCUGCUCGGGUAGUCCGCGCCGGAAAGAAGGAGCAGCGCAGGAGACGAGACGCCGCCGAGGACGCCUUCGCCGGAACCGAGUUCGCGGCCGAGCCGACGAAAGGAACUCGCGGAGACGCGCUCUCUGCGUUGUCGCUCUUGAUCCAGCAACAGCCGCUCUGCGCUUGCAAGUGGCUCCACAAACUCCUGUACAUGAUCUCUGGGAAGAAGGAGGCCGUAGGCGGCCGGCGCACCUGGGGCAGGAACUGCCAAAGUGCCGUCGAAGCGGCCUUCUCUCUUUUCGAUGGACCUUCGAUUCUGCCGGCGUUCCGCAAGUUGCGCUACCUCGCGCAGCAGCCGCAGUACUUGAGAGACCGUGUCUGGGCGUUCUGGGGACGCAGUGGAGACCGCGCGCAGCCGACGCCAGUCGCAGAGAAGCCGACCGAUAAAAAGAAGAAGGAGAAGAAGGCACAGGAAGGAGAAGGCGACGAGCCGAGGGAAGUCGCUCUCCUCCAACUCGCAAUGCUGUGGAGACUCGAGGCGGAGUUCAAAGUCAUCUAUGCGAACUUCGUUCAGCUUCUCGCCGACGGCGUCUCGGACUCUGUGCUUCACUUCGCAAGAAGAUCUCUGCGGCUCGCCUGGAGCUUACUCAUGCGUAAAAAGGAGGAGGAGCAGAAGCUUCUGUCUCUCCUCGUUCGCUCGCUCGGAUCUCGCGAAACUCAAGUCGCCUCUUCUGCGUCGCACCUCCUGGCGCAGCUGCUUGUGCGUCACGCGCCGAUGAAGCAGGUCGUCGUCAUGUUCGUAGGGAAUUUCCUCCUGGCGAAUUUGCAUGAGGCCCUCAGCCGGGCGGCAGCCGCUGCGGAGAAAACCUGGGACGCAGUGCGUCUCGCGUCUUCUGCGCAGACGCGGAAGAAAGAGAAGCGGCGAAGGCGAAGGCUGCUCGAGCGCGGCCUCGACGCUGAAGGCGAGACUGGGGCCGGCUUAGGAACGACGACGAAGGAGAAGGAGAAGAAGGAGAAGGCGAACAACAAACGCGUCGAACUUUUGGGUCGACUGGUGACCCGACUGCUCCGCAGUGGCUGUCAGUGGCCGCAAACUCGAGCGAAAACGCGCGACAACGUUGCAAGACAAGAGCGACACCCGGCCGCCGAAGCCGAGGAAGAUCGACGGGAAGAAGCGGAGGAAGAACAAGAGGGAGAUCCACAGAGACAGACAGGAACGGCGUUUGCGAACCUAAUGAUUAGAGGAAAGACAAAGCGCAUGCGACCUCUUCCCGCAAUAGAAGUGAAGAGUCUGCAGAUGCAGAUUUUGACACUUCUGAUGCCCGCGAAACUUCCAGACUUCCUGCAAGGUGUCUACCGCGCUGUUCUCUUCUUCUCCGAGUUGCAGUUUCACAAAGACACCGACGGGGAAGUCGCUGCGCAUGUCACUCGCGUCUACCUCCAAGUGUUUACGCAGCUUCACCGUUUCCCGGCAUCGCUGCGCGCCCGCUUGUCUAGAACGAGGCCGACCUCCGCCAAAGACUCCGCUGCGAUUCCUUGCCCUUCUGUGCCUCCGCUAUACACUCUUGCGUCACUCAACAGACUCACUCGCGCCCUGCUUAACGGCAUGCACCGCGCUCUGCCGUACCUCCCCGUGGAGUCGUUUUCUUCACCCUUGUCUGCGGCUUUGCGCGAAACGAAGGAACCUCAAAAGAUCGACGCGGGAAGCACACCGUCGCCAACAGACGACGCAGCGGAGAUGCUCGAGACCCUCUUCGCUCUCGCACACACACUGCCGUCCAUGGCGUCCAGAAUCGUCGUUCUCCGCCUCCUCCACCGGUUAACAGAAACUGCAAACGGAGCUUCCGACCGGCUUAGCCGCGUCGUGUACGAACACCUGAAUGAUCCGUCGGUUUUCGCGGCCUCGAAUCGCUCUGCUCUUCUUUCUCUAGUCUGCUCCUUGGUCCUUCCCGACUCGCCGCUGUCCUUGAAGGACUCGCUGUCUCUCGCUCGAACUGUCGCUGUCUGCAAGCGCGUCCUCCAAGUCUCUCUGGCGCAUGCAGAUCUCCCAGGUGUCACUGCAGCUGCCGCCGUUAUCGCCUCCCUCCUGGUCGCGCGCGCAAAACGCGCAACCAAAACUGGCAAAAAAGGCCUCUCUGCGAAGAAAAGUCGCGUCGAACAGCUCCUCUCGGAGACCGAAGACAACCUGAUAACUGAUGAGAACUCUAACGCUCUCGCACUGGCAGAUGAAAACGCAAAAGAGAAAGGCAAGAAUAACAAGAAUCGUCGAGACGAAGCAGAUUCAAGCGACCUCGCCUCCACAUCCCCCUGCGUCUACGACCCAACCAAGCGUGACCCUCGAUACAGCCGGGCGAGUCAAAGCCGGCUGUGGGAACUGGCUGCGGCGAGCGCGUUUUACCACCCAGCUGUCUCUGCACUCGCCUGCUCAACCAUCGACGCAUGCAGUUCCCUGCCCCGGGGAACGACGGUCUCAUCAGAUUCGCAGGAGAGACCGAGGAAGCGGCCGAAGGUGGACCUGGCUUUCGACGAAGACAGCGUGGUGGCGCUGUCGACGACCCUCACGCAUAGUCGCGUCCUCGACCUCCUCGCGUAUAAGCCGAGGGCGGAGUGGGGCCGCGAAGCCGAGAAGGGCAGAGAGAAGAAGCAGGGAGAGGCUGAGAUGCAGCGAGCGAAGUCGCCAUUCGCGUUAGGGAGAGCCGCCGCGUUCCCCCUCGACAGCGCGCGACACUGGGUAGCCAGAGGAGAGAAGAUCCCCCCCCAGGAGGAGUUCAUGUCCUUGUAUUUCCAGGAUCCCUUCAUUGCUGAAAGUGAAAAACUCCGACAGAAAAAGAGAAAGUUGGGCGACCGUACUUCGGACGAGGGCAGCGACGAGGAGCGCGUCGACGAGAGCGAUGAAGAGAAGCAAGACCAGCUUCUCAGCGACGAAGAGGUGGACAAUUUCCUUACGGAACAACUUGCCGCCCAGUUCGGCGCGGACGCACCUUCCGACGAAGAAGACUUCGAGGAUGACGGAUUCGGAGAUCUCGAAGACGAAGUGGACGGUGAAGAUGGAGAAGCGAAAGACGAAGCUGAAGAAGACGACGUCGAAGGAGACGAAGAAGUUGACUGGGAUGCGCUUUCAUCUGGCGAUGAAGAAAUGGAAGAUGCCAUUUUUGGAGGAGACGAGGGAGAUGUUGAAGAGGAAAGUGAUAGAGGUGGCAGCCGAACAACAGGAGGAAAACGGAAGUCUUCUGCCAAUGGACUGCGCGCCGCUCAUCUGGAGCGUCUCCGUGCGCAUGUGAAAAAGCACUCGAAGCUGGGAGAGCCGGGAGGGAGUUUUGUGUCCGCCGAAGGUCUCGAAGAUCUCUUGAAAGGAUAAUUUCGGAAACAGGGAGUCUUUCUGUCCAGGAAAGAGGCUCGAGUCUGUAGCCCGUUCAGCGUCCUUCUCAGAUCUCGGUUUCUCUCUUUCGCUGCUCGUCCCCGCGUUCUGUCCUCACGUGUACGCGCUUCGCUUCGCAGCCUUCUCCUUCUGCGUCUUGGAUUAUUCACCGGCCUUCAACGUCUUGGUUUCCUCUCCUUUGUGGUGCCGCGGUGGCCGUGAACUGACCUGGUGCAAAAACUCGGCUGUGGCUGCGACAGGUGGCUCUGCGCCGCGCCAGCUCCGUGCAAGUGACCAAACCUUUCUCGCAUUAAACGCAUCCACA